UACAAAUACACCUAUACGAGUGUGAUUGCUUAGUAUUCUGGAUAAGUGUUUCAUGAAUUUUAACAGACCGGGCUACUGAAGAGCAGUAUUCAUCCAUUACUUCCGCCUGUCCGUCUAUCUCUCUGUGCUAGGCAAGUCAGUAUGAUCGAUGCACAUAUUUAAAUUUUGUUCACACACUUUAAAUGUACUUCCUCAAAUGUCGUGAUGAACAAGUGAAGAUAAAGAACGGUGAUCAAUCUCAUAAAUCCUAUAAAUUAAGAGUUGGACAGACAUGAACCUCUGGACAUAUCAGAGGUGAGAUCAGAUGCCUGGGAGGAGUAUAAGCAUCCCCUGUUGACCGGCCACACCCGCCGUGAACCCUAUAUCUUUUUCGGGUAAUGGAGCAAUCACGUUGUUGCCUUCAGAUAUAGGACUUCGUCAACAAUAAAAAAAAUUGUUGAUAGAAAGUAUAGCUCGCUUUCCCUUUGAUUGCUUGAGCACAUGCAUUAGAUAAUGUGCCUCGUGCGUUUUGUAUGCAUUGUGCAAAUUCAGUUUUAAGUACAUGUGCUGGUUACCUCGUAAACUAUUUUAAAAUGGAGAUAAAAAAGACUUGGUUUUGUUAUCCACUUGCCGUCAGGUUAUGCAUGUCCGGGCAUACAUGUGAUGAAGGCAAAUGAAAAGUUUACUCGAUCUUUCUUCUUUUUUUUCAAGUUGAAUUUUUUUAUCUCCAUUCUGCUGAUCACCAAUGUAUGAUGACCAAAGUAAUAAUCUAAUUAAAAUUCGCGACGUAUUGAAAACUGGGGAGCGGAUGGAAGAAUCAAUUUUAAUUAGAUUGGCCAAAGUAGUUGUCCUGACUCUGAUCAGACGACAGGUUCUGGGUAGAUCAUGAGCUUACUGCAGAAGUGCAGAGGGGCAAACUGAUCUUCCAGCACUAGAAAAUAAAGCAUAAAGACAAUAAAAACAGCAGAUGUGGUUUUGUGUUAGGGUUCAGUAACGUGACAUGUUACGUCAAACAGCGCCAGUCUCCUCCGCACGCGCCACUAUCGAUGUCACAAGAAAUAAACACCAUCUCGUCAACAUAGCAAGCAACAAGCACACAGAAGCCAACAACCCACAGGUUAGAUAUCACAUUGGCCGUAUUCUGUCAGUCCUCUGUCCUCAGCAGCUCUUAACAAAGUGAAUAAAUUCUGAUUGGUAAAGGGAACAAAUUUGACUGGCAUAGAAAAUAGUUCCAUUAGCAAAAAAGAAUAAAUUUGAUAUACAAAGAAAACGAAUUUAAUCGGCAAAGUAAAUGGUGUUUGGUUGGCAAAAAGAAUAAAUUUGAUUAGCAAAGAAAACGAGUUUAAUUGGCAAAGAAAAUCGUUUUUUAUUGGCGGAGAGAACACAUUUGAUUGGUAAAAAAGAACAGUUUUGAAUAAGUGUGUGGAAGGAACCUCGCCAUUAUCUAAGGAAUCUGUUAGAAAUAUGUAUUUCUCACAAGGUUUCCAAAAUGAACUCCACAUCGAUAUACAAUUCGUACAAAUAUGUGCUAAGCGUGCGUUUCUGGUAAACAUUUCUAGUCUGAGCACAUGUAGACGAUAAACGACAUCAAACUACAUAAACUGCAGAAGUACCUGUAAUUGUCAGUGUAACCUCAUUUCAUAAUUCUGACUUGCAUUUCUCGAAAAUUUAUUUCAUAGUUUAAAAGUUUGAGUUUUCUUGAAUUCUUUUCUUUAAUACGGGAUUAAUUGAUCACUAUUCGCUAUCUUCACUUUUUUUUAUUUGAGCAGUCAAAAUUUGUGUAAAGUUUCAGAGUAAGUGUUUUUAAGAGAAAUUCAAGCCUGAUUGUUAUAUUUUGUAUGUGUAUACAAAAUUGUAAGGUUCCCGUUUCAAACAUUGCUCUGUGACGUCAAGUUCUGUUCAGAUGGUAAAUAACUCUUAAAACAGAACCAGGUUUGUUUCAAACCGAACUGAUAUAACAGAACAGUUCGCCUCAGAUAGAUGUAAAAUGGUGGUUUUGUCGUGUGAUCAGUAUUACGUAAUAAAGCUGUUCUCCUCUCGGAAGAUGUUUAUUGCAUUAACCUCUCUUCCAGAUGGAAAGUUUUAUUAUCAGUUGUAAGCCAUGACAAAACAAAACAGGAGUUUGAUCAGAUGAUGAACAUCGGUCAUCUGUUUCCGAUACCGUUAAUAAAAUCAUCAGUAUCGUCGUUCUUCGACGUAUAACAAUUCCCAAUAGCGCACGCGCCACAAGGGGGCGGCGGUUAGGAGCAGAUGGUUUCAUACCCCCUCUACAGAUCAGCACAUCACCAUUUCUUAGGUUUCCCAGUUUUACUCGCUUGUGUUGUAAUCCGAACAUAUAUCUGAUUAAUCCAAUCCCUCUAUGAUACUAUCUCGCAAAAAUUCAACACUUAUCAGAAAAUGACUGUACGAAACACAUUGACCACGGCUGCUGCGCAUACCACAACGCUGCAUUCAUCUGUUUACAAUGCAGUAAAUAUACACACUCACAUAAAAUACAUUUUAUCGAACUCAUAGAAACAGUGGAACUUUUCAUGAAAACCAUAAGAAAACAGGCGAGGGCACCCGAACAUUAUGGUAUCUGAACGUAACUUCUUCGCUGGGCGCAUCAAACAUCUCAUCUUACGACCAUCCCCCAUAUAUGGAAACACCGGCUCGUAGAGGAAGAUUCGCGAGUUUAUCAUGAAAAUCAACGGGGGCUCUGUUAGGAACUCCUCCGGGUUCAUCCUAUGCACUCUUCAGCCGUAUAUUUAUAAACUCGAUCCAGUUUGGCACAAGUGAGAAAAAAAGUUUCGCGAAACACACGCGAAACACAAGUAGUUCCUUCUUUUGCUGGGAAAGUUUAUACUGUAGUUCUGGCUGCUGAGGAUAUUGGCUCACUUGGGAUUUUCUUUGCCUACUUCCGGACCGGGGACUGUCUCCGGUCAGCUAGUUUGGAAUAGUGGAGAUAUAGAAUACCAACCCUAGGAAAGGUUUCCCCACACGUAAAUAAACUCUUGAAAAUAUACAUUCACAAAUUCAUUUAAACUGAUUCAUAAUCAAACUUUUAGUUCACGAGAAUCACUCAAGCGUGACAGCGUAGUAUAAAAGCGACACCAUGGCCGAUAGCGAGUCACACUUGCACGGAGACGAGGAGGACGAGGAAAUGCCUCUCACUGAACGAGAUUUAGCGGACGACGCGCAAUGGAAGGUAAUUCAGAAAAAUACCUUUACCAGGUGGGCUAACGAACACCUGAAAACGGUCAGCAAGAAUAUUCAUAACUUAGAAGCGGAUUUUUCGGAUGGAUUACGAUUAAUUGCACUAGUGGAGGUUUUAUCUGGCAAAAAAUUCAAACAUGUCAACAAACGACCCAAUUUUAGAACCCAGAAAUUGGAAAAUGUUACCAUGGUGCUGGAAUUUUUGGAACGGGAUGAGGGGAUUCGAAUUGUCAACAUUGACAGUACAGAUAUAGUGGACUGCAAGCUCAAGCUUAUCCUGGGUUUGAUAUGGACCCUCAUUUUGCACUAUUCUAUCUCCAUGCCAAUGUGGGAGGGAGAGGAGCCCACUCCCUCAGAAGGUGGCCCCACCCCCAAACAGAGACUGCUGAACUGGGUACAGAGCAAGGUCCCAGACCAGCCAAUCAAAAACUUCACCACAGAUUGGAACGACGGACGUGCCAUCGGAGCUUUAGUGGAUGCUGUCGGACCUGGUCUGUGCCCAGACUGGGAGGAUUGGAAUCCCAAGAAUGCCAAGAAAAAUGCCAAAGAAGCCAUGGACAAUGCUGAGAAAUGGCUGGACAUUCCUCAGCUCAUCAAGCCUGAGGAAAUCACCAACCCCAAGGUGGAUGAGAUGUCCAUGAUGACCUAUCUGUCACAAUUCCCCAAGGCCAAACUAAAGCCCGGAGCUCCAGUCAGACCACGCCUUAACCCAAACCGUGUCCGUGCCUACGGACCAGGUCUGGAGCCCAAGGGGAACCAGGUCGGGGCACCAGCUCGCUUUACUGUGGAAACCUUCAGUGCCGGAAAAGCCACUCUGGAAAUCACUGUCCUGAACCCCAAAGGAAAGAAGGAAACUUGUGAGAGUGUGUUUAACAAUGACAGAAACCUGACGUACUCGUGCGUGUAUGUUCCCAGUAUGGAGGGUGAAUACAAGGUUAUCAUCAAAUUUGGAGAUAAAGAGAUCAACAAGUCACCAUUUACGGUCAAGGUUGAAGGAGCAGCUGGCGACCCCACCAAGGUCACCGCAUCAGGCCCUGGUCUGGAGAAGACAGGUGUCAUAGCAACCAAGAGAACCUACUUUGAAGUCUUCACGAAGAAUGCAGUUCCAGCUGAAUUAUUAAGUGACAUAGAUGCAGUUAAAAUAGUAGUAGCCCCAGGGAAGAAAGAGGCAGGCAAAGGCAGCAUUGAUGUGAAUAUCCUUGACCCCCAUGGCAGGAAGGACACAAUUCGCCCCAGUAUUGCCCCUGUGCCCGGUAAGGAGGGUACAUACCUUGUGGAGUACAUCCCCCACGAGCAGGGUCUCCACUCCAUCAACAUCAUGUUCGCUGGGCACCAAAUUCCCAAGAGUCCUUACGGAGUCAAUGUGUCACCUGCUUCCAAUGCCAAGAUGUGCUAUGCCACAGGCAGAGGUAUUCAGCCCAAGGGAGUUAGAGUGAAUGAGAAUGCCGACUUCAAAGUCUACACCAAGGGAGCAGGAGCAGCAGAGGUCAAAGUUCACAUUAUAGGUCCAGGUGGAAUAGAAGUGAAAUGCACCUGUAGCAAGAGCAAGAAAGAAGAAGGUGUUUAUGAAUGUGUGUAUGUCCCCCUGAAGCAAGGUCAGUACAUCAUCAAUAUCACAUUUGGAGACCAGCACAUCGCCAAGAGUCCAUUCAAAGUGGAGGUGGGUCCAUCAAAAACAUCAAAGAUCCGAGCUUACGGACCCGGUCUGGAAGGGGGCGUGGUCAAUCAGCCAGCUCGCUUCACUGUGGAGACCCAGGGAGAGACCGGUGCCUUAGGAUUUUCCAUCGAGGGACCCUCUCAGGCUAAGAUUGACUGUAAGGACAAUGGGGACGGGUCAGCUGAUGUGACCUACUUCCCAACAGCUCCUGGAGAGUAUGCCGUCCACAUUCUGUGCAACGAAGACGACAUUCCUAAGUCUCCAUACAUGGUCCAAAUCCAACCAGAGACCAAGGCAUUCAAUGCCUCCAAGGUGACAGCCUUUGGCCCAGGUCUUGAAAAGACAGGGGUCGUCCAGAACAAGUGGACAGAGUUCACAGUGGACGCCAAAAAGGCCGGCAAGGCCACCCUGAAUGUCAGCUGUCUGGACGUAGACCUGAAACCAGUCCCAAUAGAAAUCUUGGACAAGAAGGAUGGUACCUUCCAGUGUAAAUACAUGCCCAAAAAAAGCUGUAAACACACCAUCACCAUUACUUGGGGAGGAGUCCAGAUCCCUAACUCACCGUUCAGAGUACAAGUUGGAGAGCCCAGCAAACCAGCCAAUGUCAAGGUUUACGGACCAGGUGUUGAGAAGGGCGUCAAGACCCAUGUUAAGACCUACUUUAUCGUGGACUGUACCACCGCUGGUCCAGGCGAUAUCGGUAUUGCUCUGACUGAUGGAAAUGGACGAGACGUCCCAGUGAAGACCACUGACCAGAAGGAUGGAACCUUUAAAGUGGAAUACGAACCGGUCAACCCCGGUACUUAUGUAGUGGCAGUGUACUUUGGAGGGAAAGAGAUUCCCAGCAGUCCAAUCAAAGUUCCCGUGGAGGCCAGUGUUGACCUCAGCAAGGUCAAGGUCGUAGGACUUGAUAAACCCAUGACGGUCAAUAAAGAAAGAGAAAUUCAGGUUCUCACAAAGGCUGCUGGUAAAUCCACUGCACCGCCCCGCGUCAUUGUGAUAACGCCCAGCAAAAAGAGGGUGGAACUCAAAGACAAACCCAUUCCUGAGGGCUACCAGACUUUCUUCACCCCCACAGAAGUGGGUCCCCACAAAGUGGAGGUUACCUACGGUGGCACCGCAGUGCCCAAGUCACCCUUCACUGUUGAUGUUCUGCCCGACUCUGCCAGUAAAGUUAAGGCAUAUGGCCCGGGUCUCAAAGGAGGAAAUGCUAAAACUCCUGCCCAAUUCACCAUCGACUCUCGUGCUGCCACCUCCCCAGGAGAACUUGGGGUCACAAUUGAAGGACCUAAGGAGGCUAAGAUUGAGACUAAGCAGAAUCCUGAUGGAACUGUUGGGGUGACAUACUAUCCUGAAGUACCAGGUGAAUACAAGAUUAAUGUGACCUACGCUAAUGCACACAUCAAGGACUCUCCAUUCAAGGCUAAGAUCUUGCCAGAGGAAGCAGCCAAUAAGGUUAAAUGUUACGGUGAUGGUUUGACCACUGGAUGUUCGAUGCAGCCAGCAGUGUUCACCGUGGACACCAGAGAGGCACCUAAGCCUGAGAAGAAUAUUGAUGUGAAGGUGAAUGGUCCAGGUCACGCCAAGGUAGAGAUGAAGAAGAAGCCGGACACCACUACAGAGGUCACCUAUCACCCCACCAAACCCGGAGAUUACUUCAUUGAUGUCACCUAUGGUGGCAAGCAGGUCAAGGACUCGCCUUUCAAGGCCACCAUCAAACCAGAGGAUGCAGCUAACAAGGUCAAGGCCUAUGGACCGGGGCUUACUGGAGGUAAUGCUAAUGUCAACGCUACAUUCACUGUGGAUGCAAAGGAAGCACCAGCUCCCACCAAGAAUGUGGAUGUCAAGGUUAAUGGACCAGCACCGGUUACACCGAAACUGACCAAGAAACCGGACGGAACAGUAGAUGUGGACUAUACUGCUACUAAGCCUGGAGACUACUUUAUCGAUGUCAAAUAUGGAGAUAAGCCCAUCAAGGACUCUCCAUUCAAGGCCAAGAUCGUGCCUGAUGACUCUGCCACCAAGGUCAUUGCUUACGGCCCCGGACUUACAAAUGGCAAUGCCAAUGCUCCUGCCACUUUCACUGUGGACACCAGAAAUGCUCCCGCCCAGGGCCAGAAGGUGGACGUAAAAGUCAAAGGCCCAGCUUCUGUCAAACCAAACCUGAAACCAAAAGCAGAUGGCACAAUUGACGUGGACUACACCGCUACUGCACCAGGUGACUACACUAUCGAUGUCACGUAUGGAGAGAAACCCAUCAAAGAUUCUCCAUUCAAAGCCAAGAUUUCCAAGGACGCGGCUGAUUCCCGUGUCCGUGCCUACGGACCAGGUCUGGAGAAAGGAAAUGCACAGCAGACGUGUAGCUUCACCAUUGAUGCCAGAAAAGCAACAGUCCCUGGACCUGUGGGAGUCAAAGUUCAUGGACCUAAAGAGGCCAAGAUUGACAUCAAACAGAACCCAGAUGGAACCUUUGGAGCAAGUUACCUUCCCACAAUGCCAGGCGAAUACACUGUGGAUGUCACUCAUAAUGACAAACCUUUGGAAGAAUCGCCAUUCAAGGUCAAGAUUGGUCCUCCUACUGGAGAACCAGUUGACACAACUGACAGUGGUGUCAAGGCUUAUGGCCCCGGUCUGAAGAACGCCGUCACCGAGAAACCAGCUGUUUUCACAGUGGAUGCAAGAAAUGCUAAAUAUCCUGGAGCCAUUGGAGUUGGAAUUGAAGGGCCUAAGGAGGCAACCAUUGAUACUAAGGCAAAUCCUGAUGGCACUGUGGCCGUGACGUACUUUCCGAAAGAACAGGGAGAAUACACCAUCAAUGUCACGUACGACGAGAAGCCCAUCAAAGAGUCCCCGUUUAAAUGUCGGGUCAGACCAUCCGCUGGUGAGAAGAAACCAGUCGCAGAGUCGGACCUUAGCGGGGUCAAAGUGUAUGGACCUGGCCUUAACCCUGAGGGAGUGUUCCUGGAUUCGCCCACAGAGUUCACCGUGGAUGCUUCCUCCGUCACCCCCAGUGGGGAGGGUAACGUCCGCGCCAUCGUCAACAACCCGUCCGGUACCAAGAACGACACCACGGUCACCAACAAAGGCGACGGCACAUACGAUGUUCUGUACACACCGGUUGAAGAAGGAAACAUGUCCCUGGAUGUCACAUACGACAAUAUGGCCAUUCCUGACAGUCCCUUCAAAGUGUCUGCGGUACCGGGCUGUGACGCCAGCCGCGUGAAGGCCUAUGGUCCUGGUCUCCAGGGAGGAAUCACCAACAAGCCGCAGCUCUUCACCAUCGACAUUAAGGGAGCUGGACAAGGAGGACUGGGACUGUCCAUCGAUGGUCCAUCCGAAGUCCCCAUCAACUGCAAGGACAACCGGGACGGAACCUGCACUGUGGAGUAUCUGCCCAGUAAACCAGGCGAUUAUGACGUGUCAGUCAAAUUUGCAGACCAGGAAAUUCCUAACUCUCCUUUCCGUGUCGGUGUGAAGAAUCCAGUAGAUGCCAAGAAAGUGAAAUGUUACGGAGCUGGUAUAGAGCCAAUGGGCGUGAAGACUGGUGCUCCUGCAACCUUCACCGUGGACACCACCGAGGCAGGAGAGGCACCAUUGGAAGUGACCUGCACAGACCAGAGAGGUCGUGUCCAGCCUGCCCAGCUGACCCCUGUAGCAGAGGGUGUGGUCGAUGCUACCUACUAUCCAGUGGAGGAAGGACCAUGUAAAGUCGAUGUCAAAUAUGCCAACCAGCAUGUACCAGGAAGUCCCUUCACAACUGUUGUUGAGCCUGGAGUGGAUGCCAGUCGUGUCCGAGUGUCUGGUCCCGGUGUUCAAGACAACAUCCCUGCCAGCUUACCGGUCACCUUCUUCAUUGACACCAGGGAGGCAGGCAUUGCUGAUCUGGAGGUUCUCAUCAAGAGGCCUGAUGGAACCUAUGCUCACCCCCAUAUUGUGGACAAUGGCGAUGGAACUUUCACCGUGUCCUACGUUCCAGAUGACCUUGGAACCUACGAGAUCCUGAUCCGAUUCGGAGGACAAGUUGUACCGAGCACGCCAUUCAAAGUCAAUACCUACCCUGUGGGUGACGCCACUAAAUGCCGAAUUACAGAGGGUCUGGAGAAUACCACUGUCCCCAUCAACAAGGAAACAGUCAUCUGUGUGGACGCCUCUCAGGCCGGCGAUGGAAAGGUGACCUGUCGCAUCCGCAGUCCAAGCGGAAAUGACAUUGACAUCGACAUUGUGGAGAAUCCAGAUGGAACUUUCAGCAUCCUGUUCACACCACAGAUGAUGGGUGCCUACACCAUUAACAUCAAGUUUGGUGGACAGAGCGUGCCGGGUGGAGAAUACGACAUCCAGGUCCUUACUAGUAGCGAUUGGGAAAUUUCGGCUGUUAGUCCUGAGGAAUAUGAGAAAUACCUAGAGGAUCAAGUGGGUGCCACUGAAGAUUUGAUUAGCCCAGACACUGUUGACGCUGUGCACGCAGGUGCCCCGGGGGCAGGGCUGUUCCAACCUGUAGAUAUCCGUAUUCCUGUUGGACCUAUCUUCAACUUCGUAUCUGCAUAUGUAGUCAUGCCCUCUGGUAAGAAGGCUUAUCCUAAAAUACAGGACAACAAGGACGGCACGGUAACCGUUAGAUACCAGCCCACGGAGACUGGACUUCACGAACUCUUCGUCAAGUACAACAAUGACGACAUUGAAGGAAGUCCAUUCAAGUUCCACGUGGACGCAGUUAAUAGUGGUCAUGUGACCGCUUAUGGACCAGGACUUUGUCAUGGAAUUGUCAACGAGCCAGCAGAAUUCACCAUAGUAACCAAGGAUGCUGGUGCAGGUGGACUUUCCCUGGCUAUUGAGGGCCCCUCUAAGACUGAGAUCAAAUGUGUGGACAAUGGAGAUGGAACCUGUACCGUCAGCUACAUCCCCACCGCCCCAGGAGAGUACAACAUCACCGUCAAAUUCGCAGAUAGCCACAUCUCAGGGUCACCAUUCACUGCCAAGAUCAGUCCGACUUCUGGUGAGCCCCGUAGAAAGGCCCAAAUCGGCCGCAGCAGUGAGGUGUCUCUGAAGGUCAUGGAACAAGACAUCAACAACUUGACGGCCAGCAUCCGAUCACCGUCUGGACGUGAGGAGCCAUGUCUGCUGAAACGACUAGCCAAUGGACAUUUAGGAAUUUCUUUCACACCCCGUGAGGUAGGAGAACACUUAGUCAAUGUCUUCAGAAAUGGACAACAUAUUAAUGGCAGCCCCUUCAAGAUCAUCGUUGGAGAAAGUGAACUGGGCAAUGCCAGCAAGGUCAGGGUGGCUGGACAAGGUCUGCAGAAUGGCAUGGCCAAUGAAGUGAACGAAUUCAUGGUGGAUACCAGAGAUGCAGGAUAUGGUGGACUAAGCCUGUCCAUUGAAGGCCCCAGUAAAGCUGACAUCGAAUGUUUGGACAACGAAGACGGUUCAUGUCGUGUCACUUACAAACCCACAGAACCCGGAAACUACAUCGUCAACAUCAAAUUCUCAGAUGAACACGUACCAGGUUCUCCUUUCAAUGUCGCCGUCGGUGGGGAACCAUCUUCCAGAAUGACGGAGAGAAUUACACGCCACCGUGAGGCAGCCGACAUCACUCACAUCGGAAGUCAGUGUGAGCUCAGUCUCAAGAUUCCAGUCGCAUUCUUUGCGAGAUUCGCUCAUUAUCAAGAGGAAAUUCAAACUACAUCAGGAACCAGUCCUUUCGAUAUGACUGCUUCGGUCACUAGUCCCUCUGGUGUGACCGAGUUGUGUGACAUAGUCAGCCUGGACGAUAACCAAUAUAGCAUCAAGUUUGUUCCCAAGGAGAUGGGUGUCCACACAGUUAGUGUAAAACACAAGGACAUGCACAUCCCAGGAAGUCCGUUUGAGUUCACUGUUGGCCCCAUCACUGGAGGUGGAUCACACAAAGUCCAUGCUGCUGGUCCAGGUCUGGAUAAAGGAGAAAUCAACCAACCAUGUGAAUUUAACAUCUACACAAGAGAGGCUGGAGCUGGAGGCUUGUCCAUCGCCGUGGAGGGUCCCUCUAAGGCUGAACUGGACUUUGAUGACCGUAAGGACGGUUCUUGUGGUGUGAAGUACGUUGUCACUGAGCCAGGAGAGUAUCUGGUGUCAGUUAAAUUCAACGACGAGCACAUCCCCGAGUCUCCAUUCAAGGUGUACGUCACACCCAGCAUUGGGGAUGCUCGAAAAUUGUCCGUGGCAGCUCUGCAACAGAAGGGAUUGCAGGUUGGAAAACCAGCAGCUUUUGUUGUUAACUAUAAUGGUGCUUCGAAGGGUAAACUCAGAGCUAGAGUUGUCUCCCCAUCAGGAACUGAGGAAGAGGCUCUGAUUCAGGAAAUCGAUGAUGGAGAGUAUGCAGUCCGAUUUAUCCCCCGAGAAAAUGGAGUCCACAAUGUGUUUGUAACAUUUGAUGGGUGCGAUAUCCCAGACAGUCCUUUCAGAAUCCUGGUCGGCAAAGUGGACGCUGACCCAGGCAUGGUCACUGCUUCAGGGGACGGUCUCCGCACCGGACAGACAGGACAGACCUGUAAAUUCAUGGUGAACACCUGUAAUGCUGGAGCAGGUGCUUUAGCUGUCACAGUGGAGGGUCCCUCUAAGGUGAAACUGGAGUGUAAAGAGGUUGAUGAGGGUUAUGAAUUCACGUACAGCCCCACCGCCCCAGGAGAUUACAUGAUCACCAUCAGAUAUUCUGGAGUCAACAUAGCUGGCAGUCCAUUCAAAGCCAAGAUUGAAGGUCCAGGAAAACCAAGUGGAUACCAUGAACAAGCCUCCGUUGUCGUGGAAACAGUCACUAAGACCAGUGUUAUGUCCAAGUUUAGUGGUCUUCAGAAGUUCCAGUCAGAUGCCAAUCGAUGCACGGCUGAAGGAAUGGGUCUGAAGAAGGCAUUCAGAGGAAAACAGGCCACGUUUAGUGUGGACACCUCACAAGCUGGUAACAACAUGAUGUUUGUUGGAAUGAUGGGCCCCAAAGGACCAUGUGAAGAACUAUGUGUCAAAAAUCAAGGAGGCUAUGUGUACAAAAUUAACUACAUCGUCCGCGAGCGUGGAGAUUACAUGCUCAUAGUCAAGUGGGGCGACCAGCAAAUCCCUGGCAGCCCAUUUUGUGUACAUGUUGAUUAGAGUGUGUGAGGAUUUCUCUAGGUUUUUCAAAUUAUGUGUGGCGUAAAAUAUAUAUUAUAUAUAUUCAUUUAUUUUCAUCACAUGACAAACAUUUUUUUUUUAUCUCAUGUGUAACAUUUUCAUAAGAAUGUCAACAGAUCUGAAAGCCACAGAACAAGUUCCUAUUUCAAAAUGGUGCUGAAACAAAUGUUAAUAUGUUUUCAUAGGAUUGAUAAUUGCUAGGUGCAUACUAGUAUUUACGAAUCGAGACACUAGAUCUGCGCGUGCUCAGUCUUUAGGUAGGUUGGUAAUAUUUUAGUAUACUGUGCACCGUGUCUGAUGUAGGAAGGAUAUAUACUUAUUACCCAAAUUUAAUGAGUGGGGAAUUUUUUUUUUAUUUCCAUGCCUGCUCUAUCAGUUAUGCUUGAUCCAUAUCAAAUGCUCAAAUAUUUAUAUAAAUCUAGAAAUUUAUAUGUUUGGGAGUCGAGGGCAUUGUUCGAAUUAAUAUGCAGUGCACUAUAUAUGAAUUGUGCUAUGUGUGCAUCUUGCCAUUUAAUGACCUGCAAGGUGACAUGAGUUAGACAUUGUACAUUUGGACUUGGUCCAAUGAUUUUAUUUUGUGUCAUUUUGUAUGAAUUUUAGAAAUCAUAUUUUGCAAUACCCUUCCAUCAAACUCUACACGAGCUUCCCAAUAUUUGGCGUGAAUUACGGGCGUAUUAAGUGGUUGAGUUUAUGUAUAUAUACGCUGUAUGAUAAUAUGUGAUUGCUAUCUUGUCUUGUUACUAUCAUAGGUAUGUAAUAUAACAUGUUAACAAAUGCAAUACUAAUGUUUUAAUGGAUUGUUACUCAAAAAUCUUCAUGUGCAAUUAUUACAUUGCAAGAUAACAAGAAGAAAAAAAUUUGUUUUUCGUCAUUUUUUGUUAUAUUAAUUUUCUUUGUUAGGUGUAAUUUUAUUACUGUUUCUUGUUAUUUAAGUAUAAUUAAUUAUAUUUUAAAUUAUCAUAAUAUUAUUAUUUCAUAACGCAGCCUUAUUGUUGAUUCAGUUUGAUAUACAAUAUUAAGAUACACAAGUUUUAGUUACCAUGGUUAUCGAGAUCUGUCACAAUUCCUGUUCGUGACCUUCAGAAUUGUAGACCCAGUUCUACACAAUGUACCAAUUUAUUUUGAUACAGAUUUAAAUUUAAAAUGUAGUUCAAUUAGUUUACAUAUGUAACGGUUGAAAAACGUGGCAUUUAUUGACUAGGAACGAGUACAUAUUUUUUCUCGUGUAUUUUAUUUUUUAAAUUUACACCUAUAGUUAGGCUUAGCCCCACCCCCUUUCGCAUGAUUGUCACGUGGUCAUAAUUGAGCUGCCCUUUCCACUUUUUUUACCACUAGAUGUUGCAUGUCCUGUAUGAGAAAGAGUUCUAUUGCUACUGUUAUUGUGUAAGCUGAAUUAUAAAAAUAAAUCUAUUGAAACAGUAA